UGACAGUACGGCUACAGAUCUUGUUACGGAUGGAUGCACAUUUGAGUUAUACCUUUUAAAAAAGUGCAAUAGUUUAAUGGACCCGUAUGGGGCUAAAGCUCUUACGGUGGUGAUAGUUUACUAGUUUAUUGAAUAUCCUUUGACUCAAAGGAAGAAAAUAAAGGAGUACUUUCACCAGCAAUGAGGGCGACAUUAGUGCUGGGCGUCGCCCUGCUGACUUUACUCCUAUCUGGACCCACAGUGGCCUUUGUACCGAUCGGCGGUGGGUCAUCAACUCAUGUCAGCAUCACCGGAACGGCUCUCCUGCAGAAAGUGACGGAGACGUGCCGGGCGGUGGCUGAGGAAGCCGGUCACGAGUUCAACCCCACGGGUUCGUCUGCUGAGGAGCUGGUCCAAGCAUGUCUAGGUCCCACAGCAACAGGAGACGUAUCUGGUGCCAAAUUUAAGUCUGCUCUUCAGGAGAUCUACACCCAGAAUGGACUGGUAGACCGCAACUUUGUCAACAGUGCUCCACCCCACUUCAACUCAGAGGCCUUUGCAGAGGGACGUGGCCUAAUCAUUGAGGGUCUCGUGGCCAUUAAGGCUAACAUUCGCGAAGAGAACUUCCAAGCAGCCAGAGAAACACUGGGCCGUGUCCUUCAUACACUACAGGACUUCUACAGCCACAGUAACUGGGUGGAGCUGGGAUAUACCGAGCCAUACAUUAACCUCAUACGCCUGGACCUUCCUCUGGAAAACCUAGCAGAUUUCAGCACUGCCACCUGUAGUGACUGUGCAAGUGGAAAGUGUCCCAAUCCCAUCCUGCCCAACAUCCUAAAAGAAAAGAAACUCACAUCAGGUUACAUGGGAAUCUCCUCAGCUGCCAAGCCCAAAGGUAAAUGUAGCCAUGGAGGUGCAGGUGACCUGACGAGCUCAGCAGAACCUCGUGGAGGCAUCAGCAAAGAUGAGCGGCGCUCAGACAAUGUGGACUUCCACAACGCUGCAGUGAAUGCAGCAACAGCCGCCAGCCUCCAGCUGCUGGACGACCUCCGGUUAGCUGCAGGGGACAAUGACUUCCUGAGAAUGAUGGGGAUUGCUCGCUCAUCUGUCGUUUGUUUUGUUAUUGACACCACUGGCAGUAUGUCAGAUGACAUCGAGGCGGCCAGGGAGGCUGUUUACAAAAUAAUUGAUGGAAAAAAAGGAACGCAGGACGAGCCAUCAGAAUACAUUCUGGUGCCAUUCAAUGACCCCGAGUUUGGACCUAUGAUCAGGACAACGGACCCUGCUAAAAUGAAAAGAGAAAUCUCUCUGCUGAGAGCGACUGGAGGUGGUGAUACCCCUGAGAUGUGCCUGUCAGGACUUCAGUUGGCUCUCACCGGUGCUCCUGACUCCUCCGACAUCUACGUUUUCACUGAUGCUGUAGCCAAAGACAUUCACCUCAAGGACACUAUUCUGGCUCUAAUCAGUAGCACUAAAUCAACGGUGUCAUUCUUUCUAACUGGGUCCGGUAGGCGCCGUCGUUCUCUCCGUGCUAGUUCCUUUGAAGACUACAAGAACCUGGCUUUGGCCUCUGGAGGCCAGGCCAUCCAGGUGUCCAAGAGUCAGCUGCCUCAGGCCACAGACAUCAUCCUUGACACCUCCACUUCAGCUCUGGUGACAGUUCUUCAGCGAGCAAGGAACCCUGGGAAGCAGGAGACAUUUCCCUUCAUGUUGGAUGAAUCUCAGAAAAAUAUCACAAUCUACAUCACAGGACAAUCAAUUACUUUCACGCUGACCAACCCGGCAGGUGUGAUCCAGAACCAUAAUGAGGCCAGCGGUAAACUGGGGUCCGUAAACACUGUGGGCAACCUGUGGAGAGUUCGUCUCAACGAUGACAACAUGAAAGGGACCUGGAAGAUCAACAUCAUUUCUAACCAGCCAUACACACUUAAAGUCACAGGUCAAAGUACCAUUACCUUUAUCUAUGACUUUGUGGAGAGAUUCGGGGGACCUCACCCAGGUUACGCAGUCCUCAGUGGUCACCCACAAGCAGGCCAGCCGGCCAUUCUGAUGCUCUCAGUGAUUGGUAGGAAAGGUCCAUCCUCAGUGACAGUAGGAGACGUUUCUCUAGUAACUGUAUCUGGUCCUGAGACUGUAAGAAAUAGCACAACCACUGACAUGGGCAACGGGGACAUCCUGGUGACUGUGGACGCCGUCCCGGAGGGGGAGUUCGUGGUCAGCCUUAAAGGAACUGACAAAGUGUCAGGGAGCGUUUUUCAGAGACAGUCCACCACCCAGAUGUCCGUCUCCAAAGUGAAUAUCAAGGCUGUGGUGGACAGCAGUAUGCAGCCAGGAAAAACCUUCAAUCUCCCCUUCAGUGUCAUGACCCAGGGCUCUGGUGGUCUGUACUCCAUCAGCGCCAGAAACGACAAAAACUUCCCCAUGUCCAAACCACCCAGUCUCAACUUGAUAACUGGACAAUAUGCUAACUCUUCUGUAACCAUCACGCCACCUGCCGACACACCAUCAGGCAGUGAUGUCACUGUGACUCUGGAAGCCAAGUCGUCCAGUGGUGCUGACUCCAACUACAUCGUGUUGAGGUUCUCUGUUGUUACCAAAAUUACAGAUUUUGUUGCACCUGUGUGUGAGGUGGUUACUGUGCAGGCGGACGAUUGCCCUCACGAUGUGUCUCAGUGUAAACCUUUCCAGUGGAAACUUGCAGCCACCAUUUCAGACGGAAAUGACACCGGAGUAGCGAGCGUCUCCCUACGCCAGGGCGGUGGGAACCUCACAACCAGCUUGCUGAGUGAUCCCAUCAUUCAGGCCAACUACACAGCAUCCUGCUGCUCACAGAUUGUUGAGUUUAUAGCUGUAGAUAAAGUUGGAAAUGUGGGCAAGUGCUAUCACUCCAUUGUACGUUCUGCAGGCCCUCCCACCUUACCUGCGUUGCUGCCGCUGUGGUUGUGCCUUCUGGUGUCUGCCUUUGUUACGUGGUUUUAAAGAGGUUAGGUUACCAUUAACUUUGGUGAUGGCUAUCUAAUGCUAAGAUGUAUACCUGAUAAAUAAUAAUUUUCUAGUGCUUGCAAUGUGUUGUCUUUGUAAGAAAACUUCUGGUGUUGAAAAUAAGCAUUAAGCAAGACUAGUUUUGUCAACUGCUUUCAGAAUUUUUUGAUUGACUUGUCACACUGAAUGAAAUGAUUCUACAUUAAUGUAAAACUAAUUACAGCUCAAUGGCAAAUCUAAGUCUCAGCCAAAAAUCAGAAAUACAUUUCCCAAGUAUUAUAAUAAAUGGUUGCACUUGCCUCACAACUUGUCCUCAACAAUGUAUUGU